GCUGUACGGCUCACACAUUUGGUGUUUGCGUUUUUCAAGAUGGAAUCAGACGGAAGUCUUCAUCUCGAAGGAGAACCCGCUCAAAGAAGACUCGACGAAGUCAUGACAAUCGCAAGGCGCCAUGUUAACUUAAAAGUGCUUUUUGCAAUUGGUGGAUGGGAAAAUUCACAGCACUUCUCAUCGCUUACAUCUGAUCAUCUUCUUAUCAACAAUAUCAUUGAAACCAUCCAGAAGUACGAGUUCGACGGUGUUGAUAUUGAUUGGGAGUAUCCUGUGACAGGAGGUUCUGUUGAGGGAAUACCGGCUGAUCGAAGAAAUUAUGUUCAUCUAAUGAGAGAGUUACGAAAUCGACUAAGAGGUCAAGAAGAAAGAUUCGAUCUUGUCCAACUAAUAAAAUAUGUUGAUUUUAUUAAUGUUAUGUCCUAUGACUACUUUGGUGCGUGGCAGUCGAAAUGGGGAGCGUACACUGGUCCACCGGCACCGUUAUAUUAUGCCACACCUCGAAGGUUUUCUGGUCGAAUGAAUGUGGACGCUACCAUGAAGUACUACAGCUGUCAGAUUAAAAGCACAAGUAAGUUGAAUAUGGGAGUUCCAUUUUAUGGACGAUACUGGUACAACGUCGGUGACGCUGUGGACGCUUCAGAUGAAAUGUGGAGGACAGCGGUUCCCAGCGAUGGAUACACAAAGUUUGAGGGAGGUGACGUCCAAUGGAGAGAUAUUCAAAUUCGUUUCAAUACAACUCAAGCAAAAUUCCACAGUAGAGCGAAAACUCCAUUUUUAUGGAUUUCUGAGAACAAGACUUUUCUCGGAUUUGAAAAUCCAGAAAGCCUUUCAUAUAAGAUUGACUACGUCAUAGAUCACAAUUUUGGUGGCGUGGUGAUCUGGGCAAUCGAUUUUGAUGACGAUUCACUUAUGAUGCUUAAGGUUCUCACUGAGAGAGACUUAUGUACAAGGUCCCGACAAGAAAAUGAAAUGCCAUAUAAGUGUUCACCAAUUAAUGAACAAAGAUGGUGGACAUAUGAGGAUGGAGAACAAUUAGCUGGCAUGUGUGGAAAAUCUGCUCCGCUGUAUAAUGGCUACUAUCCGGUAUGCGAUCCAGACGAUCCAGGACAUUCGUGCUGUGGAAAAUUCGGUUACUGCGGUUCUGGAGCGGAAUACUGCAAUUGUCCUGAAUGUCUGGAUUACGGUGCCGAUCCGAUGCUGCUUCUUAAAGAGCCGAUCAAACCGUCUCAUUCAAACAUUACGUACACAUCGGAUGCGGAUGAAAGUAGACGUGGCCGAUGUGGAAGACAAGCUCCCCCUAUCAACGGUAUUCCUCCUAUUUGUAACCCAGACGACCCGAAGGCACAUUGUUGUAGCAAUGGAGGUUAUUGUGGAAAUAGUAAGGAACAUUGUGAAUGCGUAGGCUGUGUGGAUUUUUCGAAGACAGGUAAUUUCCAAUACAAACCGAUCGAAUGGUGGACAUAUGACCAAAGCCAGGAAAACGUUGGAAAAUGCGGUCCCGAUGCGAAGCGCCUUCCAUCCGGAAAAAUUGCGAAGUGCAAUCCGAAUGGUGAGGCAUACUGCUGCAGCAAAGCGGGCUAUUGUGGCAAAGGCAGCGUUUACUGUGAUUGUUUAGGUUGUGUGAACUUCAAGAAAAAUCCUAACUAUGAGUUCUCUUAA